AUGAGACCACCCAGGGCCAGGGGAGUACUAGGGGCCCCUACCAAGGCCUGUGUACUACAAGGGGCACAGCCAGGGCCAGGGGACUACCAGGUUCAGGGGUCCCAUGCAACUACCAAGGGCCCACAGGGCUUUAGGCAACUACCAGGAGACCCUAGGGGCCUUGCAAGGGCCAGGAAGCCAAGGGAACUUACAGGGGGCCCCAUAGGGACAAUUGGGGAACAUCAGGGCGCCCCCAGCGGACUGCAAAGGAACCUACCAGGGGGACCCCAUGGGCCUUACCAGGGUUCAGGGCCCCAUGGGACUACCAAGGGGCCCCCAUGCCUCAUGGGACUAUCAGGUGGUCCCAAUAGGGGGGACCCUAGAGGCACCGGGGACCAUAUCAGGGCCAGAAAAUUACCAGGAGGCCAUCAGGGGCCUUGCCAGGGGAUUACCAGAAGCACCCCAGGGACCCUAUCAGGGCCAAGGGACCCCCCCCUCCCAUGGGAGGCCCCUCAGGCUGGGCCAGGAUCCCCUGAACCUUGGGGAGGCCACUAA